GUUGACCACGCCCCCUCCGGUGUUCACUUCCUGGUUUCCGCACUGAGUCUAUGUCGAAUAUAAUCCAGUGAGCUUGCAGUAAGAAUCCGCUACAGACAAUCAGGGAGACGUACAGAAGUUUUUAUUCAUCUCGCAGCUUCAGCACAUGAUCUCGUCUGAUGAAGGAGGAGGGUGCUUUAGAGGUCCUUCAGCCAUUGCCCUCGGGGCCCAGUGCCUUCAUUCCAGCUGAAUUGGUUCUGAAUGAAGCAGCGGGGCAUGAGGUGCUGACAGACCAGGACACUCUGUUGUCGGUCACUCAUGCCGAUCAUGUCACUGCAGUAAUGGGGAUGCAUCCUGCCUACCUGAACUGCUUCUUGCACACCCAGAAUGCAUUGCUGCAGCCAGAUGGGCCCUUGCCAUUAUCAUGGAGACACUAUAUUAUCAUAAUGGCAUCUGCUCGACAUCAGUGCUCCUACCUCGUCCAUCUGCAUAGCUCUGCAUUUCUACUGGCCGGUGGCGAUGAGUCUUGGCUCAGAGGUAUUCACUGUGCCCCCCUUAAACUCCAGCGCUUGCUGAUGCUUAAUAAACUUCUAGCACAUCGGCCGUGGCUCAUCACCCAGACUCACAUACAGGAGCUCGUGUGUCCAGGAGCAGAGCCUCGCUGGUCAUUAGCAGAGCUGAUUCAAGCUGUUGUCCUUAUGAGCCAUGCCCACUCUCUCUCCUCUUUUAUCUGGGGCUGUGGCAUUCACCCAGAACCGGACUGUGCAGCUGAACAGAUGUCUCAUUUGCCCUCCCCUGCUAGAAACAAUCCCACUCCCCAGGAUGGCUGCACCCAUCCACACAAGUGGGCGGAUUCUGUAAAUGAAGUACAGCUAUUGAUGGAGAAAAUGGUGAUGGUUCAGCAGCAAGAAGAGGAGUUCACUCAGGAGGAGAUGGUUACUCGCUUUGAGAGAGAGAGGACUGAAAGUUUACUGGAACCGGCUGAAGUGGACCGCUCUGUGCUUCCGGAUUCUUUCUCACGGUUUGUUCGUGAUCCAGAUUUCAUUUAUCAGGACUUCAGUCCGAGAGGAGAGCAGGCACCACCUACCAUGCGAGCUCAGGAUUACUCGUGGGAGGACCAUGGCUUCUCUCUUAUGAACAGGCUGUAUGGAGAGAUGGCUCAGUUGCUGGAAGAGAAGUUUCAGGUGGUGUGUGCACUGACAUAUCACACCAUGGCCAUGCACACAGAUGUGGACACCUCCACCCUACGGAAAGCUCUCUGGAACUAUAUUCACUGCAUAUAUGGCAUCAGAUAUGAUGAUUAUGACUACGGUGAAGUCAACCAGCUUUUGGAGCGUAAUAUGAAGGUGUAUGUCAAGACUGUCGCCUGUCAUCCAGAGAAGACGACUUUUAGAAUGUACUGCACUUUCUGGAGACAGUUCCGUCAUUCAGAAAAGGUUCACGUAAACCUGUUGCUGAUGGAGGCAAGACUGCAGGCAGCUUUGCUUUAUGCACUCCGAGCAAUCACUCGUUACAUGACCUAGCACACAAGCAUUCAAAUAAACACCCCUAUCUGCAAUAGCGUGAUGUACAAAAAGGCACAUGUGCAAUACUCAGUUUAAUCUCAUGCUCCAUCAGAAAACUGUGUGAGGUUAGAAAAUAUCAGGCACUACUGCAAAGCUCAUUUUUAGUCUCUUUCACUUGCACAAAUUGCAAACUUUAUAGUUUUCUUGUUUAUAUUCUGUGAUAGAUGUCUUGCUACUACUUAGUCACAGAUGGGAUUGGGAAGCAUAGCUGAUGUCAGAUUACUUUUUCCAGUGACCUCUCUUAUAAAACUGUGAACUCUUUUCUAAUUCAGUAUUUUCUCCACUUUGUUUGCAUGUGUCCCUAAGGCACUUAGCAAACUAUCUCCAUGCUGCCUGUCUCUCUGGUACUUGCUUGCUGGACUCCAGCCAGCUGGGAAGAAAUAAAGCACAUCUUGUUUGUUCUUGGUGAAACGUUUGCAAGUGAAUGUAUGUUUAUGUUCAAUAAAAUAUUUUUUUAUUGUU